ACAACUCGAGUCUCUGCGGAAGGUAAUGCAAAAUGCGGAAUGUGGAUGUGGCAUGUGGCAUCAUGCACGGCUAUCGAGUUACCCCCCUCCCCCCCCCUCCCCCCCUGUCAUCCAUCAUCUAUCAACUUGCUAACGUCGCCUUCCCUUCAUAUUAGCUACUCGAUGAACACGGCAUGGAUGUGUUUACAAAAUACUUCGCGCGACUGGUGGCCGCAAAUGCCUCUCAGAUAUUCCCGGGCCUCAACAGGCCCGGGUCGAACCCGCAGGGCUCGAACCCGGGAAACCAUCACAUCCUCAAGGCCGAGAUGCGAAAGCUGUCGCGGGAAUUCCCCCAGGCCAGGAAGAUAGCAGAGUCCAUCGAAACCGGCAGCGAGGAUAUCUUUCGCGAUUUCGACCUCUCCGGCUUUAUGGAACAUUUCCAACUAGAUGCUCUGGGAAAGACAGUCUUGGCUCUCGCCUUCAAGCUGGGCCCUAGGUCCGACCUGAAGACCAAAGCCGAUGCCAUCUUAUCAACGAACUUCCCGACUUUUGUUAACAUUCUAAGCCGGCCAACCGGCGACCCUGCUACCGACCUCGAGCCCGAUUUCGUCGCCGAGCUCGUCGACCGCUUCAUCCAAGUCCACCCCCCGAACUUCAAUGCCGCUGCGAAACGGGAAUUGGAACACAAGGUGCAACAAAGAUAUGCCCAGUCUCCCGACGCGAAGCCGCCGCCGUCACAAGUGCUCGCCGCACUCGACCUCGUACGUAUGCUCGCCGACAAGCCGGUCAAUGCUCUUUCACUCUAUAUCCACCGCUCCGGCCUGCUGUUCACCCUGGACGAAGAGACUUGUACGGGCUAUCUUCAAAACCGGCCGACGAACGUCCACCUCAGUGAGGAACAGGUAUCCGUGUCGUUGAUGUACACGACCAUCAGCCAAACACCCCGCCACAACCCUUCGGUUCUCGUCGCUUCCCUCAGGCGCAUCCUGCCCGAUAGCUUCAGGUGGCAAGAAGUGGUGUCGUACUUCGACCACAGCGGGGCCCGGGUUACGUCGGCCCAGUUUCUGCGCCUGUACAACGCCCUGCUGCCGAUAGCACGGGAGGACAGCGAGCGGUUCAACAUCCAGCAGCUGUGGGGUGGGGAAUGGGAGAACCCCGAAACACAGCUCUCCUUCAUUUGCGCUUUCGCGUCCCUCAAGCCGGAGCAGCUGGAUGCGACCAUCGUCCCGGGCCUGAAGCCGACGUUCACGGUCCAAGAGUACGCGCAGUCCCCUCUUCCGAUACAAGAAACGGCAGCAUACGCAGUCAAGCACCCCCUGGUCUCUGAGGCGGCCCUCUCUGCCGUCUUCAACGUUGCGCUCCACUCGAUGCACGCCUCCCAGAGCAUUGAAGCGAAGCGCCUUUUCCAGGACGUUGUUGUGCCGAACCUAGCCAUCUUUGUUGUCUCGGCCUUUGGGGUGCCGAAGCCCUGGCCGAGCAUGGCCGAAGAUACCCUUGUUUCUCUCUUCGACAACUUCCUGACCAGGUCACCUGAGGCCGACUUCGUCAUGGACAGCCUCUGGAGGAGAGACAAGGAAUGGGUCAAGCAGCGGCUGAUCGAUGCGCAUGCCUUGAAGCCCAUCAGCCUGCCGCUCAUAUUUGAACAUGCCGUCCGUCAAAACUGGCUUGAUGAGCUCGUCUAUUUACCCAUCGGCUUCGGGCUUGACUUAACUGCCCUGGCCCAUGCCGAAGGGUACCUCGACCUGCAGCAGUGGGCUCGGCGGAACGCUGAGAGGAGUCCCGAGAUGGCCAGGGCCCUUUCCCAAUUUUUGCUGAUCAAGGCGAACUUCGAGUUGCAAUACCAGCGUCCCCCCGAAGGCCAACCGCCCGUCAAAGCGAGCACAACGUUGCAGGUCCGGACGGUCCAUGCGCUGCUCCAAAUCUUGGAGGAGUUCUUACCCAAGUCGCCGAUGCAAGAGCUGAUCGGGGUUCAACGGACCUGCAUCACUGUGUAUCCAAGGCUCAUCAACUACGGGGAAGGCUUUGACGAUAUCAUCGACGCCAACGGGCGUGAUGGGAACGCGCUGCCGCUAGCCGCUAAUGCCAAGAUGGAAGAACAUUACAAAAAGAUGUAUGGCGAUGAGAUACAGGUCCGGACCGUCGUCGACAUCUUGGAGCGAUACAAGCGAUCUCGCGAUCCCCUGGACCAGGACAUCUUCGCAUGCAUGAUACACGGCUUGUUUGACGAGUACGCGCAUUAUGUUGACUAUCCGCUCGAAGCUCUCGCUACCACCGCAGUCCUAUUUGGCGGCAUCAUAUCCCACAAGCUCAUCUCGGACCUCCCGCUCCAGAUCGGGUUGGGCAUGAUCCUUGAAGCGGUUCGAGACCACCAUCCCGGUGAGUCGAUGUACAAGUUUGGCUUGCAGGCUCUUAUGCAACUAUUUGGCCGCCUGCGUGAGUGGCCGGGUUUCUGUACCCAGCUCCUCCAGAUCCCCGGUCUGCAAGGGACUGAGGCGUGGAAGAAGGCGGAAGAAGUGGCCCAGGAGCACGACGAGGAGCUUGCCCGCUCCCGUAACGGCGCCACCCUGGCCAAUUCGGGGAUUCUCGGUCAUGAUGGCUUGACAAAUGGCAACCUGGAGGACAGCAUAGGGUCGGAACAGCAUCCGCCGCCAUUCGCCUCGGUCAACGUGGACCCGCCUCCGCCCGGCAUUGUCUACGAGGAGCCUGGCGAAGACGAGCAGGGGAAGAUACAGUUCGUGCUCAACAACCUAACCGAUACCACGCUGCAAUCCAUGUUCAAGGAUAUCCGCGAGAUGCUGGAGUCAAGACAUCAGCAGUGGUUCGCCAGUCACCUGGUCGAAGAGCGCGCGAAGAUGCAGCCAAACUACCAUCACGUCUACCUGGAACUCGUCAAACAGUUCGAGGACAAGGCGCUGUGGGCAGAGGUCCAGCGAGAGACCUACAUCAGCGUGUCGCGCAUGCUGAACUCGGAGCUCACCAUGCAGAAUUCCACCGAACGGACGCAUCUUAAGAACCUCGGAGGCUGGCUCGGGCUCUUGACGCUGGCCCGCGACAAACCAAUCAAGCACAGGCAUAUAGCCUUCAAGCAGCUCCUCAUUGAGGCUCACGACACCAAGCGCCUCAUCGUCGUCAUCCCGUUCGUGUGCAAGGUUCUUGCUCAGGGUGUCUCCUCAAACGUCUUCAGGCCGCCCAAUCCUUGGCUGAUGGAUAUUAUCCAUCUCCUGAUCGAGCUCUAUCACAACGCCGAGCUGAAGCUGAAUCUCAAAUUCGAGAUCGAGGUUCUGUGUAAGGGCCUGAACCUAGACCACAAGGCCAUCGAGCCCUCCGGCGAGAUCCUUAACAGGGCUCCCAUCGAAGAGCUGGGUGACAUCCUCGGGCCAGAGGCCCUCGAGAACUUUGAAAGCCUCUCUCUCAAUGGCAUGCCCGGCGUCAACAGCUCCCUCUCGUCGCACCCCGCCUUCACUAUCCCCGAUCUUGGGCCGAACCUGUCGAUCCCUCAGACGGAAGUUGUCACCGCUGCCAAACUGCACGAGAUUGUGCGGCAAGCCUUGACGCGCGCGUUACAGGAUAUUAUCCAGCCCGUCGUUGAUCGCUCAGUCACGAUUGCGGCGAUUUCGACACAUCAAAUGGUCCGCAAGGACUUCGCCACCGAACCCGACGAGAAUAAGGUGCGGACAUCGGCGAUCAAUAUGGUCAAGUCUACCGCAGGUAGCCUGGCGCUUGUCACGUCCAAAGAGCCGUUGCGAGCAAACCUCGCCAACUACUUGCGUAACCUCUCCGCCGAUCUACCCCAAGGGCUGCCUGAGGGCAUCAUCGUGCUGUGUGUUAACUCCAACCUUGACCUGGCCUCGAGCAUCAUCGAGAAGUGCGCCGAAGAGCGUGCUAUUCCAGAGAUCGAAGACUUGAUGGAGGGUGAACUAGAAGCGCGCCGCCGCCACCGGCUCCAACGGCCCUCCGAACCCUACGUCGACCACGGGUUGAGCCGUUGGGCAAUGACUAUCCCUCACCCCUUCAAACUACAGCCCAACCUCACUGGCCUCAAUCCCGAACAGAUGGCCAUUUACGACGAUUUUGCCCGCCAGUCAAGGGCGAUUCCUGCGACGACGGGCCCCUCGCAUGGGCCAUCCGCGUCGGAUACCCGGUCCCUAGCGAACGAGCCGCUCGGUGACCAGUACAAUGCCGUCAGCAACAUGCCAACCCCCGCCGAGACACCAUCAAUGCCCAUUCUGGGGGUGCAACUGCAACACUACCCGCAGACCCACGCUGGGCUUGCCAAUGGCCGGCAGGCAGGAAUCAAUCAGAUUGACUCUCGGAGCAUCGCCGAGAGGGUCAACAAACUACUAGAACAGCUCACCGCUGCCGCCACCAACACCACCGAAGAUCAUUUUGACGAACUUCCCCGGUCCCACCCAGUCCUAGACAUCGUCGACGCCCUUGUUCAGCUCAUCAUCAAGACCCAACAGACAUCUGAGGAGUUCGCUGCCUAUGCCGCGAAUCAAAUUUCUCAGCUCCUCUUCCGGCAACCUGAGGGCGACCUGCUCUUGGAGAGCCUGGUUCAUGUUCUGGAGACUCUCCGCAAGAUUGCCGGGCCCGUGAUUAGCGAACAGAUCCGCCAGUUGUUCCACCAGCAACCCGGGCAGUUCUUCCUCAACCUACCCCUGAUUACCGCGUUACUCCGGACCGACCUUCUCGAUUGGAGAAGCAUCGACGCGGCGACGGCAAAGCUUUUGCAGCAGCGGAAGGAAGCGUCGUUGACGUUUCUGGAGCAGCUCUUGGAUCUUACGCUCCUAACCGACAGCCCGCUCGCUCUGUAUGCCGACUUUGUGCGAAGUCUGGAGGAGGCAUGGUCGUGGAUCACGGAGGAACCAGAAGUUCCGGGUGCGGCACGUUUCAAGGCCAAAGUGCUCGCCCCGCCGCCGGAUCUCCCCGCCGAGUUGAGCAAAGAGGAACUUGACGCGAUCAAGUCGGAGCAGAUGGACUACGUCUUUGAUGAAUGGAUCCAUCUCUGCAACAACCGCUUUGCCACCGAGAAGUCUGCUUCGAUCUUCGUGCAGCAAAUGCGCUCGCGCGGCAUUGUUAGCAAGAGCGAAGACUUCUUCCUCUUCGCCCGCCAAGCCCUCGACAAGUCUGUUGAGCGGUUCGAACAAGCCCUCUCGUCCGGGGGUGGCUUGACAGAAGGCUACCAGGCUACUGAAGCGCUAGUCAGAAUGGUCAUGAUUUUCGUCAAGUCUCACCAAGACGACGGACAGUCGACGGGUGUGGCAUUCUUGGACUCGGUCUUGUCUCUCAGUGUGUUGGUGCUGAACAAUCAUCACGUCAAGCGGGGGGAGGAUUUCAACCAACGGGUCUUCUUCCGGUUCUUCGCGCUCAUCUUGCACGAGCUAGCGGAUUUGGCCGGGCACUUUCCGGAGAACGACUACCACCAAGCCAUCCAAAAGUUUGCGGCGCGCCUGUACGAUCUUCAACCAAGCGUAUACCCGGGAUUCGUCUUCGCGUGGGUGGAUCUACUGGCCCACCGCAACUUCAUGCCCGUGAUCCUACGGCUCCCUAAUGGAGCGGGCUGGGCGCCGUUCACAAAGCUGCUUACCCAGCUCUUUGUGUAUCUGAGCAACCUAUUAAAGCCGUUCUCCGUUUCGCCUCUAGCCAAGGGCAUGUACCAAGGAGUGCUGAGGCUGCUGAGCAUCCUUCAUCACGAUUUCCCCGAGUACCUCGCUGCGAACCAUGUAGAGUUGUGCCGGAGCCUCUCACCACAUACGGCACAAAUCGCCAACUUUAUUCUUGCCGCCACCCCCGCCACAUCCAAACUGCCUGACCCCGUCGAGCCAGGGCUCAAAGCGGACAGGGUUCCCGAGAUGAGGGAACCUUGCUUGACCUUGUUUGACUCGGCUAGCGUGCUUCGCGACAUUGGGCUGCUCAACAUCCUGGAGCAGGCGUUGCAGAACGGCCCAUCGGAAGAUGCGAUUGCCCAGAUCAGCCACGCCAUCAGCAAGGUUGACGAGGCGGACUCGACCUUUGGUUACGUCCCGAUCCCAGUGAACCGGCGGGUCAUCGACGCGGUGGUUGCGCAAUUUGCUCACUUUGCCGUCACCCGCGCGGGCACACUGAGCGACUCGCCCAUCUUCGUGUCCGGUGCCUCGGAUAUCAGAACGCUGCACAUGCUCAUCAGCGAGGUGUCCCCUGAGACUAGGUACUACCUUCUCAGCAGCAUCGUGAACGAGCUAAGGUUCCCGAACGCGUCGACAAACUACUUCAGCCACGCGCUACUCGAAAUAUUUGGACAGGAUAUGUCGGACCCCGAGGAGACGGAAAUCCGCGAGCAGAUUGUGCGCGUCCUGCUCGAGAGGAUCAUUGGGUUCUGGCCGCAUCCGUGGGGAGUGUUGGUCACCACGCUCGAAAUACUCAAGAAUGAGAAGUACAACUUCUUUGAGCUACAGUUUAUCAAAUCAGAGCCAGAGGUUGCUCAACGGUUUGGUGAAGUCCUCCGCCCUGCGUCGUAAGCGGGAGGCGCAGUCAAAACAUGACGACUGAGCGUCGUGAUGCGUGUUCAAGACGAACACACAAAGAAACGCCCAGAUAUAUAUCCUGGGCCCCCAACCGGCGAGAAUAUGGAAGGCACACAAGGGGGGUAGGUCGGCUGGGCAAAAGCGCUCAAGUCAGGCC